AUGGACACCAAAAAUGAAAAGACCUUGCCAUAUGUGAACUUGGAACAAAGAUUUUGCAAUAAGUUCAGAAAGAUUGAAUUCCGACAUACACCGAGAGCUCGAAAUGAAUUUGCCGAUUCCUUAGCAUCAAUGAUCCAACAUCCUGAAAGCAGUCACAUUAACCCGCUAAGGAUAAGCUUGAAAGAAGAGCAUGCCCACUGUUGCCACAUGGAGGCUGAGCCAGAUGGCAAGCCAUGGUACAACAAUAUCAAGAUAUAUUUGGAAAGACGGGAGUAUCCCGAAGGCAUUACAAGUGGAUCAAAGAAGACCAUCAGAAGAAUGGCAAAUUGUUUCUUUCUGAACAAGGAAGUAUUUUAUAAAUGGAUGCUGAUUUUGGGAUUGCUACGAUGUGUAAAUGCCGGCGAAGCCACAUGA